AUGGGAAUGAUGGGUUUGGAUAACAGGAGCCAAUCAGGAUUCAAGCAGGGCCCCCGGGGGCGGGAGAGCCGCAGUCAAGCGGAGAAGAGCAAGAAGCAGGAGAGGGAGAGCACGACGCAACCCGACAAGAAGGUCGACGGGAUCGAAGACGGGGAGAAUGAGACGAAGGGUGGUGGGAAGAGCUACGCGAAAAGUGAAGGGAAAGCGAGCACGAGAGGAGGGAAGGUGAAGAGGAUUCGACAGGAGGCGCUAGAGCGGGAGAGGGAAGCGCGGGAGGAGAGAGAGGUGGCAAGGAAGCAGAAGGCGUGGAACAAGGAGGAGAUGAAAUUCGCGCGCGAAGAGGCCGCUGUGAAGCGGAACAUUUCGUGGAGUAAACGACAAGCGGCCAAGGAGAGGCGCAACAGCCCGCUGGAUGAGUGA